AUGAUUGCAUGCUGGCUGAAAUGGAAAAAAUUGUUUCUUGGCGCUGUGGAUAAAUUUAUUCCAACAAGGAUCGUCAAAGACAAGAAUUGUCCGACUUGGAUUGAAGGAGAAGUUCGCCAUUUCAUAAGAAAGAAAUAUGAUGCUUUGAGAAAAUUUCAGCAGGACAGAUCUGAUAUCCGCAAACAAAACCUGCGCGAACUAAGUCAAAAAGUGAAAUAUUUGAUAAGGGCAAAGCACCGCGAGUAUCUCAAGAAAACCGAAGGUUCUUUCAAGGACAACCCAAAAUUAUUCUGGAUUUACCACAAGGCUAUCUUACACCACCAUGGAAAGUCAACUUCCAAAAUAACACAUAAUGGCAAAACAGUAACAACACCAGCUGGUAAGGCAGAGCUGUUCAAUUCGUAUCUCUCUUCUGUAUUUCGUCCUCCAUUUAAAACUCCAAGAUCUCGUUUACAAUCCGUUGGAUAA